AUGAUAAUUAAACUGUUCGGAAAUAGGGACAAGCGCAGAAAUAGGGUCAAGCGCAGGAAUAGGGACAGCCAUAGAAAUAGUGACAGGCGCAGAAAUAGGAACAACCACAGAAAUAGGGACAGGCGCAGAAAUAGGGACAGCCAUAGAAAUAGCGACAGGCGUAGAAAUAGGGAUAAUCACAGAAAUAGGGACAGGCGCAGAAGUAGGGACAAGCGCAGAAAUAGGGUCAAGCGCAGGAAUAGGGACAGCCAUAGAAAUAGUGACAGGCGCAGAAAUAGGGACAACCACAGAAAUAGGGACAGGCGCAGAAAUAGGGACAGCCAUAGAAAUAGCGACAGGCGUAGAAAUAGGGAUAAUCACAGAAAUAGGGACAGGCGCAGAAGUAGGGACAAGCGCAGAAAUAGGGUCAAGCGCAGGAAUAGGGACAGGCAUAGAAAUAGUGACAGGCGCAGAAGUAGGGACAAGCGCAGAAAUAAGGUCAAGCGCAGGAAUAGGGACAACCAUAGAAAUAGUGACAGUCGCAGAAAUAGGGACAACCACAGAAGUAGGGACAGGCGCAGGAGUAGGGACAAGCGCAGAAAUAAGGUCAAGCGCGGGAAUAGGGAUAACCACAGAAAUAGGGACAGGCACAAAAGUAGGGACAAGCGCAGAAAUAGGGUCAAGCGCAGGAAUAGGGACAGCCAUAGAAAUAGUGACAGGCGCAGAAAUAGGGAUAACCACAGAAAUAGGGACAGGCACAAAAGUAGGGACAAGCGCAGAAAUAGGGUCAAGCGCAGGAAUAGGGACAGCCAUAGAAAUAGUGACAGGCGCAGAAAUAGGGAUAACCACAGAAAUGGUGACAGGCAUAGAAAUAGGGACGAGCGCAGAGAUAGGGACAUCCGCAGAAAAAGGAACAGCCGCAGAAAUAGAGAGAAGCGUAGGAAUAGCGACAAGCACAGAAAUGAAAGAAUUAUUAAUUAUAGAAUUAUUAUUAUUCAAAUGUGUUGA